UGACACUCCGUCUUCGAGCGACGGCUCCCAGGAUUGAUAUGAUAUUUGGAAUGCAGGAAUAAGGUAUCCAGGAGAGUUCUGCGAGAAACUAACCACUCGCCGCAUACUACAGACGGAGUGUCCUUCCAUACUAUCACGGAGCUCAAGUCCGAAAGCUCGAGCAGACGGGUAUCUACAAGAGGUCAGAUACGCAUCUUAAGUCCCCGUACGUUGAGGGCUGUACUGCGGCACAGUCGAUCUUGUUCGCCAUCUCCGCGAGACGGUCGCCGCCGCGGGGUGCGCUGUCAUACCCGCCCAAAUCCCUUGAUCAGGAAGUGGGACUUGUCAUUUUCAAUUGACGGCAUCACGCCCACAUGUUGCGUAGAUUCCCAAGGAUCAUGUCUGCGUGGGCACAAUUGUCCGUGAAGGAAGCCUUCGACUAAGGCUCACAACCAGAAUCUGCUACGGGCUUGUCAUCAAUGCUUCGACUUCUUAUGAUGGAGACGGAGAAGCACCGUUGAUCACAUGUGGGAUUCUCGGACCCUACUGGAAAGCGUCACGGCUAAGGGCACUUCCGUGCUCCUCUUUACUAGCUCCUAACAUGUCACAAAAUGCUAGUUCUCCAGGGCCGGAUCUGGGUGCAGGCACCAUAGAAUCCAUCUUUAUGGCACGCCUCCUGCUGGCUGCCAUCGCAGCGCUCAUUUUCUACGAGUACGCCAUUUCGUUCGGACAAGAGGUGUCUGUCGUGUGGCAGCGAAAGCUUAGUCCUGCCACGGCGCUUCUUCUUGCCAUACGCUGGACGUUGCUAUUCGAGGCCAUAUCGCUCGUGUUGCCCCAACCGUCUCCAGAGAGAUGCGCUCUACGAACGAAUAUGAUCCUUAUCCCCGCUUUAAUUGGGUAUGCUCAGACAGC